CUCUCUCUCUCUCAUAGUCAUAAUAUUUCAACCCCAUCAAGAAAGACUCACGUCGCCACCUGCUCUUUGUCUGCUUACUCUUUGUUUCAACGAUUCCUUCUCAAACAGAAACAUGUUGAGCAACUGUGAUCAUGAGAAGAUGGUACUCAUCUCUUCAACUACUAACGAAUGGCCACAGAUGCAGCAGCAGCAAGAUAAUAUUCAAAUCGAUGAUCACCAUCAAAAGGGCUUGAACAAUAACAUGCCCUCAUCAACAUCAUCACCAGCUACUCGGAUAAUGGAGAAACCAGGCCAAGAGCAGCUCCAACUACAGCAACAAGCCCUCAAGUGUCCACGCUGCGAUUCAUCAAACACCAAGUUUUGCUACUAUAACAACUACAGCUUGUCUCAGCCAAGGCACUUCUGCAAGGCCUGCAAGCGCUACUGGACCAGAGGGGGGACUCUCAGGAACGUUCCGGUCGGCGGUGGGUGUAGAAAGAACAAGCGUGUGAAGAGGCCUGGCUCAUCAUCGUCAUCAACCAUGGAUGGAGCUUCUUCUUCUUCUUCUUCAGUUCCUAGCAACACUGCUAACAAUAAUAAUAGUAAUUCAAACCCUCCUUCACAACCAUCCCAGAUAGAUCAGAUAAACCCACUGUUUUAUGGGUUGCCUAGUAACCCUUUUAUGGACAGUCCAAGUUCCGCUUCUGGGUUUGAUCUUCAUCAGUUGAAUCAUCAUCAUGCUCAGCUGGGAUUAGGGUUUUCAUCAGCAGGUACUUUCAUGUCUGGUGAUAAUUAUCGAAACAGGUUUAAUCCCACAUCGAAUUCAUCACUUCCUUCUUCCAAUUAUAGCUCCAUUUUUAGUACUUCUGCAUCUACUACCACCACCACUCCAACUAUGGCUUCUGUGCUUGCUUCUAAGUUCCUCAAUGGGGGUAGUUUUAAAGAUAUUCAAGCUAGAGGGCCUAAUCAUCACCAGUAUUUCCAGUCCUUGCUACCCUUUGAAGACCUUCAUAUAGCAGCCGGCAAUACCGGUGAGGCUGGUGGUGCCGCGAAAGAUGUGAAAGUUGAAGAUCAGGCUGGCCAGAACAGGUUGGAGUGGAAUAAUAAUAGCAACAACAAUAAUGUGAAUGCUAAUAUGAAUUGCCAGAAUCAGAUGACAGAGCAAAUGGGGCUCUCGGAUCCCAGUCUCUACUGGAGCUCAACGACUCUUGGUGCUAAUUGGCAUGAUCCCUCAAAUCUUGGGUCCUCAGUCUCUUCUCUGAUCUAGCAAAAGCCAAAUUCAUCAACAUCAUCAUUUUUCAAUUUCAUCAUUAUCUCAAGUGAUUUUGGUUCUUUCUUAGCUUUAGGUUUUCUUAGUUGGUUGGUAAUUGGUUUUUAUUACUGGGUGUGGGUUUCAAAAAAGUUGAAGAAAAAGAAAAAAAGAAGAAGUCUAGGGUAUAGUUUCAUAAUAUUAUUGAAGCGAGGACGGCAGGAGCUGGGAUCGGAGUGUUCAUGUCAGCAGCAAUUAGAGAAUUAAUCAGCCUCUUGAUCAGUUUUAUUAAUCAAGGUUGAGAGCCCCCCACCAAAAUUGCGCUGAGAGGAACCUCGGAUCUUCUUCGUCUCACUGCCUCGAAUAUCAACUAUAUAUCAUCAAGAUCAUGACUAGAGAGCUUCUUCUAGUGCAGUAA